CAACUUCAGGGGCUCCAAUCAGCUUCUGGCGAGCUGUCAAUUUCAACUGUCGUCACCACCCUCACCACCACCACUUGCCGCCGCCAAACGCUGCCUGAACCCAGGUGGUUAACCUUGGUGUACUGCACACGCGCUUCUACGGCAAAAGGACACGUCCCUUGACACCCGUUACUGCAGGCAAACAGAACCUCGCACCCGACCGAACCUUCGCGACGACAAACCCAGCCCGACCGGCCGAGCAAACAAACACUAGCGAUCCGACAGAGCAGGGGAAGAGACAGACACCCAUACACACACACACACACACACAGCUCAAAAUGAUUCGCUCCACACAAAUAGCCCGCCUCGACGGCCUCAUGCUCUGCGCCUCGGUCGACGACGACGAGGCCGAGGCGGCCCUGUCGGAGAUCAAGUCGCAGGUCAAGCUGGUCCUGCGGCGGCUGAACCGCAACUCGGAGCCGCAGGCCUCCAUCGAGUCGGGCAGCGCCUUCACCCUGCACUACCUCAUCGCCGGCGCCGAGGUCGUGCACCUGUGCAUCGCCGACCGCUCCUACCCGCGCAAGCUGGCCUUCACGUACCUGUCGGACCUGGCGACCGAGUUCGCAAACACGUACCCGGCCCACCAGGUGCAGUCGCCGACCCUGCGCCCCUACGCCUUUGUCGAGUUCGACACCUUCAUCAGCCGCACCAAGCAGACGUACAGCGACUCGCGCGCGAGCCAGAACCUGGACAAGCUCAACGACGAGCUCAGGGACGUGACACAGGUCAUGACGAAAAACAUCGAGGACCUGCUCUACCGCGGCGACUCGCUCGAGCGCAUGGGCGAGCUGAGCAGCCGCCUGCGCGACGACUCCAAAAAGUACCGCCGCGCCGCCGUCCGCAUCAACUGGGAGCUCAUGCUCAAGCAGUACGGACCCUUUGCCGGGCUCGGCUUGUUUGUCAUCUUUUUCCUGUGGUGGCGCUUCUUCUAAUUUUAUUUUUGAUAUACGGGGGGCGUGGACAAAAAAGAACAAAAAGGAGGGGACCGUGUCCAAGGGUACACAUGGAAAGGGCAAGCGUCGUCUAUAAGGGGAACCGGCAGCCAGGGCGAGAAAAGAGGCGACUAGGCGACAACCACACAAACAGGCCAAGCCAGACAGAACGCAGAGGCUCAGUCUAUAGGGGACUGUCUGGUUUCCCAUGGGCAUGGGCAAUGAUAUCGAACGAUGGUGUUCAACCCCCAAGACAUCUGAGAUGUUGUCUUGUUUUGUUUUGUUUUUCAUUAUCGUCUUGUUCUCAUUCUUCUUUUCUGUACAUUAUCCACACCAUGCCUCUAUUUACUAUUGAAAACAUACAUGGGUAAUUAAGUAUAAACUGCGUCCG